UUCUUCUUCCUCGAUCAACCAAACCUGCACAAAGUUCACGUGUCCAGAUUUUUUCAACCGGAUCCCGUACGAAUCUCUCACCCGUACCCGGGUCGGGUCGGGUCGGGUCGACACGGGUACUCCACCAAAAAUGGCGAGUCCGCGUAACAUAGCUUCACAGUUGCAAGGCAGUGACGCCAUUGUGAUAAUUGUUUUGGCCUUUCCGUGCACCAUUCAUCCGUAUAAAAACUGUAGCAUAAAUAAUAUAGAAAGCAAGGCAUGUGGCACUACGUAUGCAGCACAACUAAAAUUCUCUUUAAUUAAAUUUUUUAUAUAUAUAAAAGAAUGCAUUCUUUCUAAUUCCAAUGUUAUUCUAUGUUUCUUUUAUUUUCUCUGUUUUGCUAGUGCUUGAUCCGUUUGGAAACAGGGUGACACCACUAAGUGAAUAGCUUUUUUGUUUGCACUAAUUAGUUUGGCGGGAAGGACAUAACAUGGUGGAUCGGGUUAGUGCAUUGCCAGAUGAAAUUGUGAGUAUUAUCUUGUCCCUCCUGCCAAUAAAAGAAGCAGGAAGCACUAGUGUCCUUUCUCGGAGGUGGAUAAAUUCAUGGAAGCUUUUUACGGGUAGUCUGAAUUUUGAUGGUUCAAAGACAAUGUUGCGCAUGAUAAAAGCGAUGAGGACAAUGCCGUUGGAGACUGAAAGGGCCAAAUACGUAAAGUGGGUUGAUCAGGUCUUGAAUUUUUAUCAGGGACAAACCAUAAAGGAGUUUAGGGUGUGCUUUGAUUUGGAUAAGGAUUUUGCAUGUAUUCUUGAUAGAUGGGUUAACUUUGCAAUAGAAAGGAGAGUUCAAAAGCUUGAAUUGGACCUGACGGUAUAUUCUGGUAGUCGGCAGAGCCUCAAUUAUUACACUUUUCCAUUGAGCCCUAUUGGUGUUUCAAGUUUAAAUACCUUGACUGCCCUCCGAUUGAAAUCAGUGGAUUUGAGUGAGGAUAUUCUCACUCAUUUGUUAUCUAAUUGUCCGUUGCUUGAAGAAUUAUCUGUGUCGUACUCACCGUCUCUGGUUAAUGUAAUAAUAGCUGGUCCUUUCAUGAUAAAGUAUUUGGAGCUUAGCUUCUGUUCUAAUUUGCGGAAUGUGGAGAUUUCGGCUACGAAUCUGGUAUCAUUUGAGUUCUUUGGUCCAAAUUUAUGCAAUCCUCUUAAGAAUGUUCCCAUGCUCUCUGAGUUAUCCAUGGGGGGCCAUUACUGUGAGAGUGUAGUUUCGACAAACUUUCACGAUCUUUCAAAGGUAGUCCCUCAGCUAGAGACGCUCGUGCUGGAUCUGGAUUGUUUGGGGGACCUAAGUUCUUUCGUCCCGAAAACCUUACCUAAAUUUCGCAAUCUCAAGCAGUUGGAAUUAAAAAUUGGGGCAUAUGCAGACAAAAGCAUCCUUUUCGUAUCUCACUUGAUAGACGUAUCUCCUUGCUUGUAUAAACUUGUGCUGAAGAUACGCUUUUUCCAGGCUUCAAUAUGGAACACGCAGAAAGCUGAUAUUGCCUGUUUGGGAGGAAAGCGAAAGGAGGUUACAAGUGGGCGAUUUGAAAGCCUCGAAGUGGUAGAAAUUGUGGGGUGGGUUGGUAAUGCGGCUGACAUGGAGCUUGCCGUGUACUUGCUUGAGAAGGCCGUGUCGCUUGACAAGAUGAUCAUUGAUCCUGGACAUCCUACUCUCUUGAUAAGGUCAGUGUUUCAAGAAUCGAGGAAAAAGGGUGAGGAUGCUGCUAGAGAACGUGCCAAGCAGCUGGAAAGGAAACUACCCGCAGGAACUAAAUUAGUGAUAUAUUAAUGUUUAGAAAUUGUCAGCUAAAGAUUUGAUCGACUUUGAAACUAUUCGUCACGAUUGCAUGUCCUGCUCACGUGCAAGUAUUCACUAUUGGUAUUGUGAGAAGUUUUGUAGUAGUUUAUGAGGUAGUACUAGGCAUUUCUCUUGCACCAAAAAAGAAAGAAAGAAAAGGUACUAGUACUAGUAUUACCUUCAUGAGGAUCUGAUGAUUUCUUUUAUUUGCAUCUGAUAGUGAUGUUUAUGGCAACU